AUAGUACAAGUACCGGCAGUGCGAGGGCAUUACAUACGUGUGUGCGGGAAAAAGCCCGGGCGCGACCGAUCUCACUGUCACGUUAUCUCUCCGGCAGUAUUAUAGUAUAGUCAAAGUGGUCAAAGUAUAGUGCGACCGCGGUUUUGAAUAAACGGUAGAGAGAGAUUUCGACGCGCAUCUCGUUAAAUCGUUUUGCCCGAGUCAAUUGCCGUCGCGCUCCCGGCUCGAUUUCGCGUCCGCGCGUAAAGGAGGGAUGGGACCGUGGUAAUUUAGAAAUCGCCGCGAUCCGUCCAUUAGUUUAAGGGCGAUUUCCGCGAAAUGUUGGACGAAAUUGUUAAAAUCGUACGCUAUCGAUUGAGAGUCUGAUUGGUUAAGCCAGUGCUUUAAUGCAAGUAUGGCCGCCCUGCCGUCACCUACGCAGGUGGCUGGAAGCCAUACCGCGAUAUACGAAGCUUAUUACAAUCAGGUCGAUCCAAACGGAUAUGGACGGAUCGAGGCGAUGGACGCUGCGAGAUUUCUCAAAAAGUCCCAGCUGAGCGACGUCAUUCUAAGUAAAAUAUGGGAUAUGUCGGACCCGCAGUCGCGGGGCUCCCUGGACAAGUCCGGCUUGUUCGUCGCGCUCAAGCUGUGCGCGUUAGCCCAGACAGGGAAGGACCUGAAUAUGUCUAAUUUAAGUCUCGAGAUGCCGCCGCCGAAAAUGGGCGACAUCCCGAUUAUCCCGCAGAAGACCGUCGCCAAUGCUCUGCCCGUUAUAACGUCCGUCAGUAGCGGAGAUUGGUCGAUUAAUCCGACGGAACGGGCGAAAUACGAUCAGCUCUUUGAUAGCUUACAGCCGUCCAACGGCUAUAUAUCUGGGAAUAAGGUGAAAGGUGUUCUUAUGGACAGCAAGCUUCCCCUGGAUACUCUCGGCAAGAUUUGGGACUUGGCGGACAUGGACAAGGAUGGUAUGCUGGAUAGACAUGAAUUUGUAGUUGCUAUGCAUCUUGUGUAUAAAGCAUUGGAAAAAUAUGCGAUACCGAGUGUACUUCCACCAGAAUUAAUGCCACCUGGUAAAAGGAAAGACGUUAUUGUCCCCAAGGCUAAAUCUCCUACGCCAAUGAGCAUAGCGAUUGCCGCUUCACCGUCACCGCAAUCGCAACCGCAACCACAACCACCGCCUAUCCCACCCUUACCCAAUACUACGGCUGUAAAGAGCUUGACUGGGUUAGACGUUGUAAAGACAAGCGUGCAGCAAUGGGUAGUUUCGGCCGAAGAUCAAAUAGCUGCGGAAAAAUUAUUCUUACAAGCCGACCUGGACAGGGAUGGAUUUGUUUCUGGUGUAGAGAUCAAGGACGUUUUCCUGCAAAGUGGACUUGCGCAUCACGUCUUAGCCCACAUAUGGAGUUUGUGUGACAUUUGUCAAAGCGGCAAGCUGAAUAAGGAGCAAUUUGCCAUUGCUAUGUGGCUCAUCAAGCAAAAACUCAAUGGCAUAGAUCCGCCGGCAAGCUUGACUCCUGAAAUGAUACCGCCCUCCAUACGGAAAGCGGGGGAAACUAUAGUGGAAAACAAUAACAUAUCAGGCUACUCAAAUCCAGAGUUGGAUAUGAUAAGUAAAGACAUAGCGGAACUUGUGCGUGAAAGACAAAGCAUGGAGCAGGAUAUAGCGCAAAAGGAAGCCGACAUUAAGAUAAAAAACGGGGAGAUUAAGAGUCUUCAGAGCGAAUUGGAUACGCUUGCGGCUACCCUGAAGCAACUUGGAAAUCAGAAGGGUGAGGCGCAGAAGAGGUUGAACGAUUUGAAAGCGCAGAAGACUGAAGUAGAUAGAGAUUUGAGUGAGGUCGAAGAGAAGAUUCAGAGGGAACUGAAGAAGGUCGACAAGCUCCGUCAGCAAGCUGAGGAACAAGAAUCGGUGCUGCGAGGUCAGGAAGAUGAGCUAAACUCGAAGAGGCAGGAGCUCGAAGGACUGCGACAGGAGGAGCAGCAAUUGGAGCAGCAGCAGAAUAAAAACAGGGACCAACUGAACGAGCUGACGAAAAAGUUGCAAGAUACUCAAUUAGAGAUCUGUCAAGCAAAGGCGAAGAUCACUCAUUUGCAGGAACAGCAACGUCAGAUGAGCGAUGCCAUUGCGCUUUACGAUUCUGCGCUCGCCGCGGGUGACGUCAAUCUUGUACCUGAUACUAGUCUACAAUUUAUACCUGAGAUUGAAGAUAUAGAGUACGAAAUGGCAACUGAGAAUACGGGCAAGACGAAUGAAAUGGAAGCAGAUGUAACCGGGACGUUAAACGGAUUUGGAGACCAAGAUCCUUUUGCAUCGAAUCAAGCCAAAGAAGCAUUUAACACACCGAUGUCCGAUCCGUUCGGAAACGCGUUUUCCGCGCAGCAAUCUAACAGCGGUUUUGCGGCAGAUCCUUUUACCGCGUUCGAUAAUAGCAACGUAGCGGCAAAGCAAGAUCCUUUCGACCCGUUUGGUAGCGGGAAACGAGCUGAGAAUAAAGCUGCGCCCGCAGCUACAUCGGAUACGAAGGAUCCGUUUGGAGAGGAUCCAUUUGCCAAUCUUCACGCACCUCCACGUCCGGAGAGCCCCAGUCCUGCUCUUCCACCGAAGAAAGCGAAGCAACCACCGCCGCGUCCGGCUCCGCCACGGCCGAGUCAAGGUCCUGCCGGCCCAAUGAGAGCGGCGCCCGCACCUCCAACGCCUUCACCUACUCCAGACCCAUUUGCGAACGCAAAUUCAGAUCCAUUUAGCGCUCAGCAGACAACACUCGAUAACAAUAAUAGUUUUGCAUCUUCCGGAUUCGCCGACUUUGCCAAUUUUGAUUCCAAGCCAGAACCGACGGCUAAUCGAACGGCCCCAGCAAGAGCGACGAGUAAAACCCACGUAGCGGUGGCGCAGCAACCGAAGCUGUCGGACUUUACGGAGGAUCCGUUUCGAGACUAUCGUUACGAAGACCCUUUCAACAUAACGGACCCGUUCGCCGACGAGACGGAGGACUUGAACGCCAACAAGAGCAGCAGGGGGACGACGGAUCCUUUCGGCUUCGAGACGCGAGCCGCGUUCUCGAGUAAAGGCAAUCUGGGCACUUCGGCUAAAGACAAUUUCGACAACGAUUUCUCAAACACCUUCCCGCUCGCUAAAGCGAAAGCCGAGAGGGACGGCACGAGCAGCGCGAGCAAGUUCGACGUCGACUUUGGAAAGGCCUUUUCCGCCGAGAACAAAGCGAACGUUCGAGACAUCGAGGCCGAGUUUUCCCAAGCGUUCGCCAACGUCAAGGCGUCGAAAACGAUCAAUCUCGACGAAGCGUUCUCGGCCAAGGACAACGCUAAGGCCGCGGCGAGGCACGAAUCCAGUGUCUGUUACAACGAUGAAAAACUCUCCGACAGCUUCGGCAAGAUGUGGAACGGUAAUAACAUAACGAACUUGUCGGAGGACGAGCAACUGGCGUGGGCAGAAAAGCAGAGUAUAAAGGCGGAGGAGGAGAGGCUCAGGCGUAAGGAAAAGGAGGACGCCGAGCUGGCUCUCGCUCUCGAGCUGAGUAAACGGGGAAAAUCGGGAAACGUUUAAACGUUUAAAACCUACCCUACCCUAUCCUACCUUAAGGUUAAAGGAUAACGCUACUUCCUUUCGUUGAUUGUCACGCCGUUAAUCACGAACCCGUCAAAUUGCAUGAGACAGUCUCAUAAUAAUGACAUUGUGCAAGCUUGUAUUGUUACGCAUUAUUAGCAUCACGUGUAGAAGCGAGAUGUAGUCACAGGUUUAUCAGAUUGACAAUAACGUCGAGUGUACACAGAUAUUAAGAGUACCCUAAAAGAAAGGGAGAGAUUAUUACGGAUGUUAUUACAGAGAUGAUUAUGGUCAUUCGAUAUAUUUGAGCGCGUUAAGAAUUUCAUAUAUCUGUGUUUUCAAACGGUCGAGCUAUAAUAUUUGCGAGAAUCGACGAGAAUUGUCGACAAUUGGCGAGAAUUGAGGAGACGAGAAUUACCUUAUUCUUUCUUUUCUGUUACUUUUGUGUCGCCUGUACUCUUCUUUUUUUUCUCUCUCUCUCGCGAACCCACUAUUCGUGAACGCUAUUCGAUCUAAGAGCGUUACGCGGCUAUUCUGAAAAUGAGUUACAACUAAUAAAUAUACUUGAAUGAUAAUAAAAAUAAUAUGUGAAAAGUUCAUGUUGUAAAAGAGUUAUUCGAUCAAAGCACGGUAACAGUAUCAUUAAACGCAUCGUUAUCAAUAUGUAAACGCCUAUAUAGUAAUCGAAUAUUACGAGAUUUCAACGAUACUUGUCGCUGAUUGCUCAGCAGCGUAUGAGAUCUAAGUCACUUGACGCCAGCCUUCAACGUAAACUUGAUAUGUAUGUGUGCGUGUGUGUAUAUGUGUGAGAGCGAGCGUGCGUGCGUGUGUGUAUGGGUGUGAGAGAGAAAGGAGCAAAGUAUUGAAAUAAUUUCCGCGACAAUGCCGUCUGAUUCAGUUUUAGAACGUUCCAAAGAAUGUAGUGUCUCAAGGGCGGGCGUGUCUCUGCGCUUGGCGAAAACGAGUUCUCUCAUAUCUGUACCCGACGAAUAAGGACUCGAGGACCAAACGCAAAGGAUCACGUCCGUCUCGUCGCUACAUUGUAAUAUCGUAUAAUUUCGACAACGACGUUACGCAUGUAUCUCAUACGAUGUAUAUAUAUUAAUAUUACGAGAGAUAUGUCAAGUCACGAUAAUUCUCAUUGCGUAAGUUUUUAUUGUAAUUGUUUAGUUGUAAGUUUAGUACACAUAUGUAUAUUGUAUGGUCUAUACAACGCAUCGUCAGUAAUCUCAGUGCAAAGGCACAUGUGUCUCUAUUCAGUUUCGACACGCGUCUAUUAUGUAAUUUUCAUUUCAUCCCGCCUUUAGACGUUUAACGUGUAUGUAUGUAACGUGUACGCGAGUAUAUGUACGUACUGUAGGUACGCGUUGAGAAAAUUCCACUAAAAUAAAUGUACGAUACUUUCAAAUAUAUCUAUCGCUUAAAUUGGUUUUUGCGCGCGACUCGUCUCGCUUUGACCGAUAGAGUUCGAGCGGCAGUCGAGAGAGUUUUCGGUCAUCUCUAACGUUCUGGGUAUCUGUCUCUCGUACGUUUUAUUCAGUCAGCAUCACGACGGGCGGGUCUUUGUCGCGCCGACAAAAAGUUCGGUCUAAAUAAGAAUUCAGUUGUCCAUACGUGCCGGACAAGAUGAUAUAAACGAUAUGAUAUAUCCUUAUAAUAUAAUGUGUAAACGUAUAAUAUAUAAUUGCACGACUUUCCCUUAUCCGUUUAGAUUGAAAGCUUGCGAACGACUCGCGCAAGUAUACGUCACAUAUCGUAAGAGUACGCAGAUAACACAUGUAACAAAUGCAAAAGUAGAAAGCAGAUCCGUCGAUUUGUUUUUAACAAAGUGUGCGACAGGCCGUGUAAUACUCGAUUCUUGAACGAUUCGUUGUGUCUCGUCGAAUAUGGUGAAUUGGUCGUAUUAGGACAGGAGGGUGCAUCGAUUCUUACAGUCAGAAAGACCAAAAUAUCAAGUUUUAUUUUAUUCUCUUUCGAAAAAAUAUAUUUCCUUCUGCACGUUUGAGAGUGUCAUUUUUGGAUCGUUUUGUGUGCGUGCGUGCGUGCGUGCAUGGGUGUGUGCCUGUGUAAAUGUCUAAAGAGAAAGAGGUUGAACAUAUAGUCCUCUUGUGGUCAAAACAGCUGGAAGCGACGAAGUUUUCCAAUUGUAUGAUUAUUAAACUCUAUUAUUCAUCCUUCGACUA